UUGGUUUAAAAAUGAAAGUCCCUAAAAUUAUGUUGACAUUUGAUGCCGUUUUUUAAAUUUAGGAAUUUAACCUAAAGGUUUUUUGAAUUGAUUUGUUGUGUUUGAAUUGAAUUUUGAAUGAACAUGGCCAUCCACAUUGACAAUAUUCGAAAUUACAUCCUUAAGCAAGAAAAUAAUUCAAAAGUCCAAAGUAUGCCCUUUCGAAUUCUUGCAGAUUGUGAUGCUCCAGUCUCAAAAUACUUCGAAACUGGGGUAAAAGUACAGGAGGAUGAAACACAGAAAGCCUCCUUUCGUGGUUACCCCCUAAGGGGUAAAACAGUCGAGUUACCAGAGGGUUAUAUCGGAGUAGUGUUACACGAAAGUAUUGCCCCUGUUAGUGAUAAAGAGGAAAGAAAAUUUCACGUUACUAAUAAAUUCAAAACGCUCACUUACUGGAAUUGGGAUAAAGCUCCUAGUAAAAAUGAUAAAAUUAUUCAAGCGUUGGAUUGGAUUGACGUUGCUGAGGCGUUACACAGUCCUAUUACAGAGGAGUAAACAAAGGUAGUCUCAACAUAAACAUUAAUUAUUACACAGUUCACAAAGUGCCUGCUAUUAUAAUAAUUACGAUGGUUACAUAUUUGUAGUUGAAGUUUGUUGUUUCAUAAAAUAAAAAUACCUCAGACUGAAACAUAA